AUGCAACGUGUUUUCGUGUUGGUGUUCGUCUCAUUACUAUUUAGUACAGUGACCGCCAGAUCGGACACGAUUGCUGAACUUUACAAAAUCGUUGUUUCGAUAAAACAGUGUCUCGUCCUCAAAUAUCCGGCGGUGUGCCUUAAAGAACGAGCUUUAAAAGCUCUAAACGACACAAUUUUUGUCGAUGAACCGAUUUAUCUCGGGUAUAUCAGGAUAGAGAAAAAUCGCGACUUUGACUGGAACAGCACGAAGAAUGAUGGACUUCCAAAUGAAAUCAGCAAAAGAAGCAUUGUUUUAAAUGAUGCCCUUUAUGAUAAGAUUCAGGAGUUUUUUAAAUCGCGCACUAUAAAGCUCAAUGUUGAUGAAGCAAUAGAAGGUAGGAAAAAGGGUGGUGGAGGUGGUGGAGGAGGAGGCGGCAAAGACAAAGGACAAGGAGCAAUGAUGAUGGUGGGAGCAGCCGCUGCUUGCGUAUAUGCAGGGAUGAUGGCAGGAAAGAUGGGAAUGAUGGCAAUGGCUGCAAUGAUGAUGUCAAAGAUCUCUCUUCUUCUAUCCGCGAUUAUGCUGCUGAAGAAAUCAAAGGGCGGAGGCGGUGGAGACGACAGCAAAGAAAAACAAAUAAAAAUUGUCUAUGCGACCACUGGUGGCGGCGGGGGCGGUGAUUAUGGAAAGGGCGGAGGUGGUGGUGGCUGGCAUAGAAGUUUAAACCAUGAUCCUCAUACUAUUUCCUAUAGAGCUCAGAUUCCUCAAGAUGCAAACCCUAAUGUGGUUUACGAAGGUUAUUAACUUUAGGUUUUAUUUGGAAAAACCUUUUUGGUUUGACAGUGCGGAUUUUGUAAAUGUUUUGUAGAAGUUGCGGAACGCAAGGUCCCGAAUUUAAUAUUAAUAUAUUACUUGAAACUACAAAUGUGGCGAAUUAUUGAAUAAAUUUGUCUAAGUUUA